UAAUGACAUGCAGCUGCUCUCGCCCCCCUGAGAGCUGGCGCCCUUGGCGGGGGCCAACCAGGCCAACUACACGCUACGGCGCUGCCGGCGUCACGUACCCAGCGAUACUUCAGCCAGACGAGACCUUCCUAGUGCAGGACAAAUUCCUAGUAGCGUUAGACAUGGACGAGGGAACGCUCAGUUUCAUCGUCGACGGUCAGUAUCCGGGGGUGGCAUUCCGGGGGCUCAAGGGACGAAAGCUCUACCCGAUCGUGUCCGCAGUCUGGGAGCACUGCGAAAUCACCAUGAAGUACAUCGGUGGCCUCGAUCCUUUAUCGUCUUCCUGCAAUCCACCAUAGAUGAAUUCAGCUCUAAUCUGAUAAAUCAGUCGUACAACCAAUCCAUUUACGAAGUGGAGGCAAUCCGACAUUUUGAAUACAAUCAUCGUUGCAGUGGUUCAACACAUCAGAAAUUUAAAAGCCCUUAUAAGCUAUGAGAUUGGAGACGCGUUCCUUUUGUACAGGCCAUUUUGCUAUUAUUUUUUUUUGCCUUCAAGUUGUGAAGGCAUGUACCGGCGGAUGAGAUCAGUACAGCCGGAUAGGAAGAUGACCCGAUACGGUUUAUCAAAAGGAUUGGUACAAACAAAUGCUGGAACAAAUCCAGUCUAGGGCUCUAUUGCAGCAUCGGAACAAGCCACAAGUAUGCGGAUGCGGCCAAGGCAAGUCUCGUCAUCAGUGAACUGACCUUACACGAGACCCGCAGUAAGCUGAGCAGAAGGGCACGGCUAGCCAAGUAGUAGACAUCUGCAAACAAGGUGCAAAACGGGUUCGACAUGAUAGACCGCCUUGAGAUUGUUCGCCAAGAUGACAACUUUAAGCCACUGGUGCCCUCCGAGUCCGACCACCGCUGCCCUAGUUUGAACGGUUCGAAGUGGUGGUGCCAGUGUCAUUGCUCUUCUUAAUUUCGAAGGCUCACCACCGCCUCACCAACCAAAGCCUACAUCGCUCUUCAACCAAGGCCCAUAACAGCUCGAUGCUGUCUUAGCAGUUUAAUGAGCCCAACCUAUGAACCUAUCACCAUACCCGUUAUUACCAGUCCAAUUAAACUGGAGGAAUCCGGCACACCGUCCCUACAAGUAGCCUGGUCGAACAUUUCAAGUGGAUUUGUUUGUGUCA